AUGGAAGAUACGUCAGGGGCUCGCGAGCCCCGCGCCCGACCGAGAGAGCGGGACCCAGACCGGCACUCCCGCCCGGACCGAGACCUCCACCCCGAGCGACAGCGGGACAGACACGGGAACCGGCGCAGGGAGAGAAACGGGGGCGAGCGCAGGGACGGGGACCGGGACAGGGGGAGGGACCGGGACCCCCGCCACGACAGACACAGGGUCGAAGACCUUCGCGCGGGUGAACAAAGAGUUUGGGAAAAGUCCCGCCAGAGCCGGACACGGGACGGACCCCGCAAGCCAACCUGGGACUCAGCCUUGACCCCCUGGCCGGCGCCUUGGGAAACCACGGAGCCGUCGCUCCCGAGGAAGGAGCGCUUCGGGCACCGUGACCCGGCAAGUGAACUUACUUCAGGGAGAUACCUGCCCUCGAACCCCAGGUCUGGACAAGAGGGAGUGGAAUAUUACCAGUCAGAGGCUGAAGGACUCCUGGAAUGCCAUAAAUGCAAAUACUUGUGCACUGGGAGAGCCUGCUGUCAGAUGCUGGAGGUUCUCCUGAACUUGUUGAUCCUGGCCUGCAGUUCUGUGUCUUACAGUUCCACAGGGGGCUACACAGGCAUCACCAGCCUGGGGGGCAUUUAUUACUACCAGUUUGGAGGGGCUUACAGUGGUUUCAAUGGUGCUGAUGGGGAGAAAGCGCAGCAGCUGGAUGUCCAGUUCUACCAGCUGAAGCUGCCCACCGUCACUGUGGCCAUGGCCUGUGGUGGAGCCCUCAUGGCCUUCUGCUGUCUCCUGGUUGUUCUGGGUGUCCUACGGGUCCCAUGGCACUGCCCCCUGUUGCUGGUGAUCGAAGGCUUGCUGGACGUACUCAUUGCUGGGGCCUACAUCCCAGCUCUGUACUUCUAUUUCCACCACCUCUCCGCUGCCUACGCCUCUCCAGUGUGCAAAGAGAGGGAGGUGCUGUACCAAAGCAAAGGCUACAGCGGCUUCGGCUGCAGUUUCCACGGGGGAGACAUAGGAGUUGGAAUCUUUGCUACGCUAGCCAUUGGGGUCUUUGCUCUAGGGGCUGUGCUGGCCAUCAGGGGUUACCAAAAGGUCAGGAAGCUGAAAGAGAAGCCUGCAGAGAUGUUGGAGUUUUAG